CGGGAUCGCCUCAACUCCUUGUUGGUCCCCAAGGUUUCUUUAUCGCCCUGAGGACAACAAUUCACGCAAGCCUUUCUUUUCCCCAUCAUUGAUUAUUUGCACGUCGCCUAUCCGACACACCGACUCACUGCCUCUGCAGACGACGACAUUCGUUUGCAGUUGCUCGCACCCUUCGCCGACCUCUUUGCUCGCCAGCGUUCUGCUUUUGUCGGAAGGAGGCUAUUGAUUGGAGUAGGCGCAAACUCCAUCAUCCUUAUUCGAUAAUCCAUCAUCACCAUGAGCUCCUCAUUCAUCCCUCGCCGGCUCACUCAGCCCAAGACGCUUCUCGUCCUUGUCAUCGCCGUCAUCGUCAUCGGCUUCAUCUCAUUAAAAGGCGAACCAGACACCAGCAAUGUCGUUGUCCACCCUGGCGUCAGCGCCUCAGGCGAAAAACGUCGCUCAGAUCCUAACACCGCCGCGACGAAGAGCGGACCGACGCCAACAGAGGAUGGAAACAUCGACUACUGCGAGAUUCUACGGGAGCCGGUCCUUCUGAACCAGCGAAGCCACUGGGACAACUUCGCCGAGAACCCCAAGGGACGUCUCGAAACUCCCGACCGAAGCGAGGGCGAUAUCGGAAACUGGUACGGUACACUCGCCUACUUCUCCUCGAUUGACCAGCCCGACCUCGAGAGCCCCAACCGAUUCUUCACCUCCUGCGAGCUGGCCUGCGCUCGCAACGAGAACUGCAUUUCCUUUUUGUACGAACGCUACAUCACCGAGAUCGACAACCACAAGUACAUCGACAAGCACAAGGACCGCUGCUACUUGAACAGCCGCUUCCAAUACGGUAUCGAGCGUCUGCCGCAGGUUGACAAGAAGGAGAAGCCGGGCCCAGGUGAGAAAUGGAAUGGUCGCUCAUGGACUGCUGGAUGGCACCGUGAGCGAUCCGAGAAGUGGCUCAUCGAGACGCAAGGUUGCACUCGUCCCGUUCGCAAGCCAAGCCGCAAGGAGCGUGAGGCCGCUGAGGCUCGCGCUGCAGAGGAAGCUCGCCAGCGUGAGGAAGAGGAGGCCGCCGCUGCUGCUCGCGCUAAGCAGAUGGAGGAGCACAACAAGGCUGCCGGCGCUCCUCCGCCGGCCGAGGAGGAGAAGAAGGAAGAAUGAGGUGAAUAAUGACAUUGUGAGGUCCUCUGCGAUGCGCCCACGAUUCGAAAAUCGGUGCGUAGAUCAGCACCUCGAGUCGGUACCACCGAGGCUUCCGACACACAAACACGAGCUCUACAACCACGGCAUUGCAGGCAUCCUAGAGCUGCAUCCCCUCCGGUCGUCACCGCCAUGGCCAUCAUUCAUACAGCGAAAUAAAAGCUUUGGCAGCAGACGAAAGUGAUUGUGAACGGCGGCAUAGACAUCCAAGGCGUUGAAAUGGCGUGAAUCUCGACAGACUUUUGCACGCUGGAUCGAAAUCUUUCUCGAUCUAGACUACGAGCGGCGAGGCCAAGAUUGGGGGAGGUACAAUCCCAUGUAUUUAUUCUUUCUUCUUGAUUACUUUCUACUUCUUUUUUUUGGUACGGGCGAAUCAAAUUUACAAACUCCUUGACAUUUUCUUUUACACUCGCGUAUUCGCUACACC